AUGAUUUCCCACAAGGAUAGGGCUCAAAAGGCGUAUGAGGCCAUGGGGCGUCUCGGCUUCCCCAAGAAGCAGGUUUCGCCAGUCCUGAAGCACCUCUACAAGCUCUUUGAAAGCUGGGAGCCCAUCGAGGACGAGAGCUACCGCAUCCUUGCUGACACCAUCCUGGAUAGCCAAAAGAAUCAACCAAUGCCUGGCACUAGCCGUCAUGUGACGGACCAAGAGUCCGAGCCUCACAACUCAACGUCGGUCACACCAGAUCCAGAUGACCAACACCCUUCUGCUGCUCGGUAUGGCAUGGAUGUCAGUGAUAAUGAAACCUCCCUCAUCAACAGAUCCAUGGAUGUCAGUGAAAAUCCCCAAGAUGCUCUCUUCUUACAAGAGCCCAAACCUGAACCUGAAAUUGAUGUUCCAGCUGCUCCUGUUGCCAACGACCUCAAUACUGGGUCUUCAGGUGGGGACAACAUGCUAAUUGAACAUUGUAAAACAAGGGAUAUGCUGACAUGGGAUUCUGAUGCUAGAGCUAGCAUAGUUAACCACGAUCAAAAUCCGGACAGCAGCCAACAUGCAGUCAAGGAUGGGGUAGAGUCUACUGUUCAAAAUACUCACCAGGCAUCUUUUGUUGAACUUGAUGUAGCUUCAUCCACUCUGGGUGAGGUGAAGGUGUCAUUGAAAUGCAAAUUUGACCCUUCAGAGGUCUGCAUUAGUUUGGACAAGGUCUUCAAAAUAGUUGAGGAUAAAUGUCUACGCUCAUACCAGACCCUACCUCCUGAUUUUUCUGUUGGCAAGCUGAUGAAUGAGAUAUGCCAAUAUGUUGCAGAGUCACGUGCUGUGCAUUCUGAAGCUCAAAACAAUGGUGGCAGCUUGCAAGAACAGGCUUUGGAGACGCAUGCUCCCUUUGUGAAGCCAAUUGCUUGUAAGCAUGCUGUUGGUGGGAAUGGUAAUGCUGCCGUAGGAUCAUCCUCGGAACCUAGCUUUCAAAAUUGGGUAGUUGCUUAUCACCCUCAGGAAGCACUUUUUAAGCAAAGGCCACUGCAUGAUGUUGCUGACAUAACGAAGGGACAAGAAAGAGUUAGAAUACCUAUUGUAAACGAAUUUGGUAGUGAUAGUUGUCCGCCAUUGUUCUAUUACAUAAGAAAGAAUCUCAUUUUCCAAAGUGCUUAUGUCAACACCUCACUUGCGCGGAUUGGUGAUGAGGAUUGCUGCGCAGAUUGUUCAGGCAACUGCUUAUUAGAACCACAUCCAUGUCCAUGUGCAAGAUCAACUGGAGGUGAGAUUGCAUACACACCGGAGGGCCUGGUCAGGGCAGAAUUAAUUGAUGAGUGCAUUGCUGUUAAUCACUUCCCAGAAAAGGAUAAUAAGUUCUACUGUAAAGCUUGUCCUCUUCAAAUAUAUAAGACGAAGCCCUCACCAGAUCCAUGUAAAGGUCAUCUUGCUAGAAAAUUCAUUAAGGAGUGUUGGAGUAAAUGUGGCUGUGGCAAGCAGUGUGGAAAUCGUGUGAUUCAGCGUGGGAUAACAUGCAAUCUCCAGGUGUUUUUCACGAAUGAAGGGAAGGGCUGGGGGCUACGGACGCUGGAUGGGCUGCCAAAAGGUGCUUUCAUCUGUGAAUUAGUUGGGGAGGUACUAACAAGUUCUGAACUAUACGAGAGAAAAGCCAAAAAUUCUAAGCAUGUGGAUCAAGUGCUCCUAGAUGCUAGUUGGGGUUCUGAAGGGGUGCUAAGAGACGAGGAAGCUCUCUGCCUUGAUCUGACAUUUUAUGGGAAUGUCGGGCGAUUUGUCAACCAUAGAUGCUAUGAUGCAAAUUUGGUAAUCAUACCUGUUGAAGUCGAGACUCCUGAUCGCCAUUAUUACCAUCUUGCAUUAUUCACUGCCAAGAAAAUAGAGGCUUUUGAGGAGUUAACGCGGGAUUAUGGCAUUGAUUUUGAUGGUACUGAUGACCUCAAUAAAGCAUUUGACUGCAUGUGUGGAAGCAAGUACUGUCGCGGCGGUCCGAAGAAUUCAAAGGGAAGAGGACUAGGGCAAGUGCAAGUCGGAACUAGAGGGAUUUGCAUUCGGUCAAGAGCGGUGGAAGAAGAGUGUUGGCAGGAACAGGGCACAGAGUUUGUUGCCUUAUGA